AAGGUUCAAUAUUCAACAUUCAAUGUUGAGUGCAACAAACGUGUGGUCUACACAUGUGUUCGUUUACUUCUUCCGUACACUGUAGCUCCCCUAUCUGAUAUCCUUCCAAUCAUACCCAUUUUCUUGUUUAUAUCCUCCAUUUUUUUCCUUUUCACUCUUACAGGAGUACUCGUCAUGGCGAGUCCUCGAACUCCUCCUCGCAGUACUGGCCCUGAGGCAGCUAAGGCCGCUGCGGCUAUCGCUAAGCAAUACCUUGCUACUCCCCACGGUCAUGGCAGCUCGACUCAUGCGUCAUCUGGAGGAUAUAAUGACUUAUACCAGCGUACAGUGAAACCAUGGCUAUGGGCGGACAUAUCCAAACACAAGCAGACCACAUUCGACGGAAUGAUAGCCUAUCAGUUGCAUAUGUCUCUUUCUACGGCAUCGAGAGAGUCGGUGGAUCCCCAUCGCCUCUUUAAUCAAUGCCUCGAAAAAGUGUUGCCCAUUUGUAACGACCCGGAUCUGCUCAAUCAUUUACGAUCAUAUUGUGAGGUGGAAGGAGCAGAAACGGCCAGAUACGAACCCUUCACGAAUGCAUGCAAUCGCGCAUUAUCGCUCUUGGAAGAAGUGGACGUACCGCAUCUCGGUAAAGGCUCGCCAUUCAAGAUUCUCUUUCACCGUAAUGAUCCGAAUGUGCUCGACGGUUUUCAUGGCACUCUCAAUUCGAAACGCAAACCCGACAUUGUAGUCACCACUCUUGCCUGCGCUCGGCGCAUCUGGGGAAAAGGUAGAAAUAUACAAUGGAAGACUGCAAUCACACACUGCCAUAAAAAGCCCAAAGACCUCCAAUGGCAUGAUGUGUUAAGUGCAUGGGAAUUCAAGCGGACGAAGAAAGCGAUCUCAUUGCCCACUCGGAAGUACGGCCCCAACCUGUGUCGGAACAUUGCGUGCGUGAACGACGUCGGCACCAUGGAACCCCCCACGAAACCUGACGUCCGGAGCCCACAACCAAGGGACAUUGGGGAUGACGACAACGAAUCUCGGCCGGAGGAGCCGCCGCUCGUGCAAUUGGCGUCGUAUGCGGCGGAGAUGCUAUGCCGAGCUCCUGCAGUGAAUCACUGCAUGAACAUUCUUGUUGUCGAUGAUGUGGCCUGGCUAUGGUGGUAUGACAGGCAAAGUGCUAUUCAGUGCACCGGAAUUAACUUCCUGGAUGAUCUCCCGCGCUUUCUUGUUCUUCUCCUCGUCUUCCAGAGAUUUUCGACCAUGGAUUCUUGGGGAUUCAAUCCCGAACUGGAUCCUGUCGUCGUAAAAUAUCAUAGCGGGCAGUUGCCGCUGAAUCAGAUGGUAAACCUUUCGCAAACACCGUUUGAGUUCGACAUUCCGGUUGAAGACGACAGGAUCAAGGUUAACCUGGAUCCGAAGAAGAACGAGUACAGCCGACACACCCUGGUCGGGCGUGGCACUCGUGUGUUCGAAGGGCAUUCGGAGAAGUUAUCUCGCGACCCAGAUGAUCCUGGGGUUCUCAUGAACGAGAGGGCGAAACAUGCGGCUAUAAAGAUAUACUGGCCAGAUAGUUCCAGGCCAUCGGAACAGACGGUUGUUCAGAAGGCUCGUGAGGCGGCUCAGAGGAUCGACCCUGACUUGUUGGACAAUUUGCCAUUAAUCUACGGCGCCUACACCUUGAGCAAGUAUGAGACAGGUCACAUUCGGAAAUUCCUUCAGCUGUGGGACCGGCUUGACGAGAAUCAACAACCCAUAUACCACUCGCGAACCCUUAAUAUCACAAUAUCGGAGUGGUUGUCUCCUCUGUGGCAACUCCCCCCGCCUAAUUUUAUGCUUACAUGGUAUGAGAUUGUGAGAUGCCACUUUGCCAUGUGGAUUGCUGGUGUCAAACACUGCGAUCCCAGCGAAGGCAAUAUGUUAUUCCGCACUAAAGACAACGAAAACCAUGGAGUACUGAAUGACUGGGAUUUGAGCGAAGUUGACGACCUAAAUGACCAUAUGGGACUGGAGCGCACCGGUACCAUUCCAUUCAUGGCUAUGGAGCUCCUCGACUCUAAAUUUUGGCUCGGCGGCAUUCGGCGAGAGUACCGUCACGAUCUCGAGUCGUUUGUAUGGAUGCUCCCGUGGGCGGCGCUUUGUUAUGAAGGCGGCAGUCGAAAGGACCCGCCGAAAUUAAUCUCGUCGUGGCAGACAGGGAACUAUGAACACUGUCGGCAGAAAAAAGGUGACUUUGUUUCAAAGUUCAAUAGGGUCAACAUCAAUGAGGUUAUCCCUCUGCAAUGGAGAGGGUUCUGGCCACUUAUCGGGAGACUUGUGAAGCGUUUCCUGAGACGUUAUCGUGAUAGAGUCGACGAAGAGUUCGAAGGCAAUGUUCUACCUCCAGACAAGACCCCUGUGCAGGAAUAUGUCGAUAUGCUCGAAUUCAUGCGGAAAUUGAUACGGGAUCCGCCCGUUGGACCACUGGAUGACGUCCCCUUUCCCGACGACUAUCUCUCGAAAAUACCGCAGUUACCUGCAGAUACAGAAACACUGAUUCGGGGACGAGGUCGAGGUGCGGGGCGUGCGCGGGGAAGGGGGCGAGCUCAGGUACAAGUUGGAAGAGGUGACUCUAGAGGCCCAGGAACUAUCCAAGCCAAUCUUGGCUCCGAACGCAGCACCUCUGGGUCACGACGAUCCGCUAGGAUCAAGGCGGAGGAGGAAGAGAAGAAACGUCAGGAAGAGAAGAAACGUCGGGAGGCGGAGGAGAGAAAACGUCGGGAAGCGGAAGAGAAGAAGAAAGGGAAGAAGUAAGAAAGACAGUGACUCCUAGCACUGUGCUUGUUACCAGGUUAUCGAUAUAACAUGUCUCUACCCACGAUGGGGCAGAUUCUUGUUAUGCGUGAUUGCGUUAGCUUGACCAUUGGCAGGCUAUGACUGCUCCUCGAUAGAUGCGUUAUUCACAUUCACAAGUGAAAGUUACUCUCAGUAUAUGUCCUCGACUUCUGUCAUAUUCAUGGAUGACGAUGUCACAUGGUGCCCAGUAAACCAGAGUACUGACUUUCUGGAUGACCAUAUGCAUGAGUCCCUGAUUUAAUACAUAGUAAUUCAGUCUUCAUCUCAUCCC